AUGAGCUCAGCACGGUCGUCUAUCUCCAAGGACGAGCAUGCUUUUCAGACAGAGGAGGAGCUUGAGGAGGCCGUAUAUAAGAAGACGGGAAUCUUCAAGCAUAUCAAGAUCGCAAGGUGCGAAUGGCGCCGGGUGCUGUAUCUAUCUGGUCUCUUCGGAGUGAUAACGAUGGUGCAUAAUAUAAUGGGAAAUAUGAGAGAGAUGGUGGUGAUGGGUAGACAGGACCCGAUGUCGAUUUUCUUCAUCAAGUCGAUCUUUCUGCCGCCGUUUUCGAUUUUUUUUGUGUGGAUGAUCCAGAUAGGCCUUGACCGCUUUUCACCAUCAAAGGUGUUUGAUAUUGUUCUGAUGUGUUUUUCUGGAUGUUAUGUGGUAUUUGGGCUGGGUUUGUGGCCACUAAAGCACCUGAUACAAAAGGACGCAUAUUGGGCAAGAGACAUGUUUGGAGACGGGAAGAUGGAGUCGAUAAGGUCACACUUUUUGUUCCCGAUUUUUCUUGCGCUCAACGAAUGGACGUCAUCACUGUUUUUUAUGUGCUCUGAGAUGUGGGGCGCUCUAGUUGCGUCGUAUCUGUUCUUUAUGUUUUCUAAUGAGGUGUCGACAGGCAAGCAGACACAGAGAUACAUAUCUGUGUACAAUAUAUCGAAUGCAUUAUCUAUCUUUACCUCGGCCAUAUUUACACUUGUGUUCAACAAGUGGAGAGACGGCGUGACUUUUGAAAUGAAGGAGACUGGAUUCAAGAUCCUUGUGCUGGUUUCUGCGGUUAUUAUUCUCGGGAUACUGAUGAUGAAGAAGUACAUGGAAAAAGUGAUUCUACCUGUGCCUGUGUUUGCAGCAAUGGAGAUCAAGAGUGCAGAUAUGAUGCACAAGAGGACAUCUAAGAAGGAUGCAGGAAAUGGCAUAUUGAACUCGAAGGUUUUGAUUGCCAUAUCACUGACAGUGCUGUUCUAUGGGAUAACGUCAACGCUAUGUGAUGCAACAUUCAAGAAUGGGCUUGCUGCCAGCUCGAAGUAUGGAAACAAGUCGAGAGAGACACUUUCGAACUUUUAUAAUGGAGUUGAGCAGCUGAUCAUUUCGAUAUCACUGUUGGUCAUAGUGAAUAGCCCGUAUUCGUCACUGAUCAAGAAGGGAAGAUGGAUGUAUGUUGCAGGCAUACCUGUUGCUGCUGCUGCAUUUUCACUUUUUUCAAUCUUUUUGAUUGCUUUCUAUAACGUAGGAGCAACAAAUAGCGGAAAUAUUAUUUUUGGGUCGCUUUUCAAUGGAUGGACACCUCUCCUAGCGUUUGAGAAUAGUCUGGGUGUGCUUUCCAUAGCGAUUUUUAGGUUAGGCAAGUAUAUUGGAUCUGAUGUGUCAAAAGAAGCAAUAUCGAUGCAAUUGGAUCCUCUUUACAGGGCAAAGUACAAGGCGGUAUAUGAUGGGCUGUGUGGAAAGUUUGGGAAGUCGAUGGGAUCGAUUAUAUGCAUGGCAAUGACGGGGAUAUGGGACAUAACGGAUGUCCGGAGGAUGUCGAGUGUUUCGGCACUUAUGAUGAUUGCUAUAAUUGGCCUGUGGGUGGUUCUGAUAAGGUUUUUGAGCAAGAAGUAUCAAGAUGCAACAAGUAGCAAUAAGUAUAUUGUGGUUGAUGAAAUAAAAUAA